AUGGCAUUGGUCUGCCGCUCCGACCCCCGCCUGCUCUCCCAGUUCUUCUUUGCCGAUGAGAGGGUGACGCAGGUGGUGGCCGAGAUCAACGGGCUGGAUGCCGAGCUGGACCCGCAGCAGUACCUGGUGCUCCUCAACCAGCUCCACCUCAGCCAGGCUCACCUGCUGGCCAUCCUGGAGCGGAUCAUGGAGGAGUGCAUUCCCACGCAGCGGCACAGCCGCGACUACCUGGUCAAGUUCCCCGAGGAGCUCUUGGUGGACAACCUGGGGAACCACAUGCUGUUUGCCGCCGAGUGUCUCCUGGCUGGGACCUUCCUGGAGGUGGAGGAGGCAGACGGGGCACAGCUGCGGCCCCAGGCCAGGAACCUGCUGUGCAGCCUGGAGCUGGUGCGGACCGUGCUGCGGGAGCAGAGCCUGAGCCAGCCCGGCUCCUACCCGGAGCCCGUCCGGGCUGUGCUCGUCCAGUUUGACCGGCUCUUCGCAGAGUUCGAGCUGAGCUACGUGUCCUCACUGGUGGCAGUGAAGUCUCCUGAGGAGAUCUACAGGCAGCAGGAGAUCAUCGUGCUCUUCUGCGAGACAGUGGAGAGAGCCCUGCGCCUGGGCUACCUGACCCAGGAGAUGAUCGAUGGCUAUGAACCGCUGCUGAUGUUCACCAUCCCUCGCCUGGCCAUUAUCAGUGGCCUCCUCAUCUACCCCGAGGGUCCCCUCAGCCUGGAGCAGAGCCCUGAGCAGAUGUCCCGGGUCUUCAGCCCCUUCUACAACCUCCUGAAGAAGAUCAGGGACCUGCUGCGGGUGCUGUCAGAGGAGGAGCUCUGCCUGCUGGAGAGGAGCCUGUGUACAGCUGAAUCGGAGGAUCCCUGCGGUCCGGCCACCCCCCCAGCUUGGGGGGCAGCUGUCCCCAGAGCGGACCCCCCUGCUCCCUGGGGUCUCCUGGAGGUCCCCUGUGCCGCCCCACCGCCCCGCACCUGCAUGGCGUGGCUGGGACCCCCUGGUGCAGUGGACGACGUGGGCACUGACUGGCAGUGGAGUCGUGUGGCCGACUGUCCCCUGUGCUCCAGCCCCACGGAGGCUGCUGGGCUCCAGAGGGCAGGCACCCACCGCCUGCCCGAGUGGGUGCCGGACAGCACGUGCAGCCAGCGCUCCGCCUGCCGCUCGCCCUUCACCCUGCUGCGCCGCAGGCACCACUGCCGCAGCUGCGGCAAGAUCUUCUGUGCCCGCUGCUCGCCGCACACCGCGGCGCUGCCACACUAUGAGGAUGCAGAGAUAGAGGUGGACGGCCUGGUAUUUGGUGGGGACCUGCUGCCUGGCUUCAGCACGGGGAGGGACCACAGCUACUCCAGCCCCCGCGGCCCCGCAUCCUGA